UUUGGGGUUGAGCUUAUGCUACGCAGUUUACGCAGAACUCAGAGUAAUGGCGUCUGUGCGACGACACCAGCUCACAAGACUCACAAAAUGAAGCGACGGAGGGACUAUUCAUGUUAGCAGAGGGACUUUAGAGGGGUUUGUGGCUGCGGGACUGCAUUGAGAGGCGCAGAGCUGACAGAAGUUAAGGACUUUCAUCAGUUCAGCGCGAUGAUAAAGCACAAGUCCAACCAGACGCGCACGUAUGACAGAGACGGCUAUAAAAAGCGCGCGGCCUGCCUGUGCUUCAGGAGCGAGCGCGAGGAGGAGGUGCUGUUGGUGAGCAGCAGCAGUCAUCCCGACCGCUGGAUCGUUCCCGGAGGAGGGAUGGAGCCGGAGGAGGAGCCCGCUGUCGCUGCUGUCAGGGAGGUGUGUGAAGAGGCAGGAGUCAAGGGCACUCUCGGAAGAUCGCUCGGCGUUUUUGAGAACCGAGACCGAAAGCACAGAACGCACGUCUACGUUCUCAUCGUGACUGAGGUUAUGGACGACUGGGAGGACUCCGUGAAUAUUGGUUGGAUGGGCACAGGCAGGAAAAGGGAGUGGUUUAAGACUGAAGAGGCCCGGCGUGUGCUGCAGUGUCACAAACCUGUGCAAGCCUCUUACUUCCAGGCCCUUCAGCAGGACUGUGUGUCCAGCAACGGCACAUACAACAUCCACCAACACACUCUCUCCAGCAGCAGAUAACCUGCAGGAUCGUCCCCUUUUCUACCUUUUCUUACCCGACCGAACCACUAUCACUGUUUUUUUUCAUUUCAGCACAUUAAUGACAACAUUGAAUGAGAUCUGAUUGCAUUUUACCAGCCUUUUUAGUGUUCAGAUACAGAUUAGAGUCUGGGGGUGUGUGAGAUAAGAGAAAGGUCGAAGAAUAGUUUGCAAAUGAAAGUUUGUCUUGUGUUUUAAUGAAUGCUCACAUGAGAUUCUCAUUUCCUAACGUCAGGUUUAUAGAGUGCAACUACACUAUUGUGUCUUGAGUGGUGUUUAAAGAGAAAGCUGUCAGAAGUGUUCAUGAUGAUGAUGAUGUUUUGUGGCCCUUUG